GAACGAAGAGACGAAACAAUGAGGCAGAAACGCCAUGCUUGUCACCGCGGACAGUCACAAAUCUGUCACUUUUUCUCUUGAAUUCGUUUCUUCUCUCUUAAAGUCUUCAUUUCUGCUAGCAUUUUCCAACUUUUCCUUCAGUUUCCCAGCAUAAGCGACUACUUCGAAUCGCUCUACGUGACAGCAAUCAACACACGCGGAGAUAAAAAAUAAAGCCGUACCAUGUCUUUACUGCGUCUCUACUCAUGCAGAAACCGUUGAUGCGAAUUCCCUAUACGGGACCUCUCCCACCACCUCUAAUUGUUCCCCGAUCAGCAAAUACUCUUGCCGGCGCAGUGAGUGCACUCGCACAAUUCAUCUCCGCUCCGGCAUCCAAAUCAUGGCGCCCAAAUCCCAUUACGGGCCCGCUUUUCAAAUCCAGUCCUGUGCCCAAUAGCUUUGAGCCUCCAUCGAUAUCUUCUUCAGCAGCAGCAUCGUCAUCAUCGUUCGACCCGAACAUAGAUCCGCGCCACAACAAGACAGUUCUCCUCACGGGAGCCGGCAUCUCGGUCGCCUCAGGGCUAGCAGACUAUCGUGGCCCAAAUGGAACAUAUACGCUCAACAAGACCUACCGACCUAUUUACUUUAACGAGUUCAUACACAAUCACGAAGCGCGCAAGCGUUACUGGGCGCGGAGUUUCCUAGGAUGGCCCGUCCUAUCGCGCAGUCGGCCGAAUAACGCGCACUGGGCAGUCAAGACGUUGGGAGACAUGGGAUGGCUCAGCGGGGUGAUUACACAGAACGUCGACUCCUUCCACCCACUCGCGCACCCGACCCUCCCUACCCUCGAACUCCACGGCUACCUCCGCUCUCUCGUAUGUCUGACAUGCAAGACCCACAUGCCGCGGCAAGCUUUCCAGGACGAUCUCGCGCGCCUGAACCCCGCCUGGGCAGACUUUCUCAACGAGAUGCUCGCCAGCGGGGCCCUGCUGACCGAGAACCCGGACGAGCGGCGGAAAAAGGGCCUACGCACGAAUCCAGACGGCGACGUAGACUUGCCCGACGCGCCCUAUAGCACGUUUCGGUAUCCCGCGUGUCCGACCUGUUUGGCGGAUCCGUCGAAGAAUGUCCAUGUGGAUAAGGACGGCGCGUGGGUGCCCCCGAGCAGUGCGACAGCGAAUACGGAUACCUACCCGUUGUUUUCUGAACCGUCGAGAUACAUUUCUGAUGUUGAUCCUUCCUCCUCCUCCUCCACCUCUUCCUCCUCUUCUUCCUCUUCAUCUGCUUCACAUUCUUCUGUAUCGCCUUCUUCAAGGCCCGCGGCGGCGGCGGCGGCGGCGGCGGCGGCAGGCGGACCCGGAUCCGGACCCAGCUCUACAAUACACGCAGGCAUUCUCAAACCCGCCGUCGUCAUGUUCGGCGAAUCCAUCAGUCCUGAAACGAAACACUCGGCCGAAGACAUGAUCGAUAACGCCAGCCGCAUUCUCGUCGUGGGUAGCAGUCUCGCGACGUAUUCUGCCUGGCGACUUGUCAAGCGCGCGACAGACCGCGGCAUGCCUGUCGGCGUGCUCAACAUGGGCGGCGUGCGCGGCGAAGAGGUGUUUUUUGCGGACUUGAUUUCUGCAGAUAAUUCGGUUAACACCGACAAUCACUAUAAAAUGGCGCAAACGAAUCGCGGCGAAGCAGGUGUGCGAUGCGGCCACAGCGCGAAUGAAGCGCUGCCGCUCUUGGUCGAGCAGAUGAAAGACAUACGGAGAUGAAGGAUCCAUCUCCCGAGUGAAUAUAUAUAUAUAUACAUAUAGUAGUUAAAGUAUCUGCAUAGUACUAUGUAAUAUAUAUCAAACGAGGU